AUGACCUAUGUGAUCGACCCGAGGUAUCGACCUAUGCAGACGGUUGUCCACAACGCACCAACCGCUUACCAGGUUGCAGCCGCUUAUCAUGCUGGAGUCCAAGUGAACCCACAGCGGGUGAGUCAUUGGUCUAUGUUUCAAGUAGAACAAGUAUUCAAGGCUCAAUUCCACUGUCUCUCCAAGAUCUACUACAUUCAGAACUCGCCCAAUCCGCAUCCUCUACAGCAGACUCAGAACUACAUCAACUACGCUCAGUCUCAGAACCACGCACAAAUCGGCACUCAUGCCCAUAACCACGCCCAGAACCCUAUUCAGAAGCGCGUGAAGAUAAGCCACCCCCAGGAGACCCCCGCCAAGGUCUACAAACGCAGCUCUCCCCAAAUGGUCCUUCAGAAACGGGCCCACAAGCAAAGCCACCAGCAAGCCCAGAGGUCGCAGAUCCGCGCCAAGGGCACCCCCCAGACUCAGACCCAGCCCCUCGCUCAGAUUAACGCUCAGCCCCUUGCCCAGAUUCACGCCCCUACCCCCGUAAAGAUUCACGCCCAGGGCCAUGCCCAGAUCCACACGCAGAGCCCCGCUCAGGUCAACGCUCAAAUUAAUGCUCAGCCCCUCGCCCAACUUCACGCCCCAACCCCCAAGAUUCACGCCCCAACUCCCGUAAGGAUUCACGCCCAGGGCCCUGCCCAGAUCCACACGAAGAGCCCCGCUCAGAUCAACGCUCAGCCCCUCGCCCAGCUUCACGCCCAAACCACCACUCACACCCAAACUCCCAAGACUCCUGCCCAAACCACCGUAAAGAUUCCCGCCCAGGGCCCUGCCCAGAUUCCCGCCCAAGCUCCCAAGAUUCCCGCCCAAACCACCGUAAAUAUUCCCACCCAGAGCUCUGCCCAGAUCCCCGCCCAAACACCCGUAAAGAUUCCUGCCCAGGGCCCUGCCCAGAUCCUCACACAGAGCUCUGCUCAGAAGCCCAAACAAAACCUCGCACAGAAGCCCGUCAAGCACGACGCUCAGAACUCCACACGCAGGCCUCAAGCAGUACGGGUAGAUAGGCUCCAGGCUCCAGCUCCUUGGAAAACCAACUUAGAACGCCUUAUGGAUGAUAUCGAGUCUGAUCAAGAAUUCGGCUAUUCACCAGAAUUUCAUAUGAAGGUUAUGGCUGCUUCGAAAUUUUGUGUUGCUUUGUAUGCUUCUUACGCUUCUUCUACUUCUACUAAUUUUCUCUAUUUCUCGUUGUUGUUGUGA